GUACUGCGUCAGUAGGCAGUACUUUUCGUCGGAUCGUAGUAUGGCAGCUUGCUCAGCCCUCUCUGCGGCGACCCUUCGCUCGGCCGCGGCGCCGGUCAGCAGACGGCGAGCUACAGCGUCGCCGCGGCUUCCCGGCAAGCGCGUCUCCGGCGUUGUGCGGUGUAGCGCUGCUCCAGGCGGACACGGGAUCUCGGGGAAGAUGGCCGAGCUGUGGCAGGCAGCGAGGAGCGCGCCUCCGGGGACGGUGCUCGCCGCCGUGGCUGCCGCAGCGGUGGUCUACAAGGUGGCGUCCGGCCUCCUCGCCCCGCCACCUCCGCCGCCGCGACGACGGCAGGAGGUGGCUGAUGAGGCGCUGCCACCAGCUCUGGAGCCAGUGCAGGUGGGGGAGAUCACGGCGGAUGAGCUGCGGCAGUACGACGGGUCUGACCCCGAGAAGCCGCUUCUCAUGGCCAUCAAGGGGCAGAUCUACGACGUCUCCCAGAGCAGACUGUUCUAUGGGCCUGGUGGACCAUAUGCAUUGUUUGCUGGUAAAGAUGCCAGUAGGGCAUUGGCGAAGAUGUCCUUUGAGCCACAAGAUCUGACAGGUGAUGUAUCUGGCCUUGGUUCAUUUGAGCUUAGUGCCUUGCAGGACUGGGAGUACAAGUUCACCAGCAAGUAUGUGAAAGUAGGAAGCAUCAAAGGAACAGGACCCAUAGAAGAGGGUAAUGUUAGCACUACCUCUGAAAUACAGGAGGAAGCUGCUGCGGUGAAACUGAAUGGAGAGAAAGCACCAUGAGACACUACUGGAAAUAUAAUUGACUCUGAAUUUCGACGAGAAAGAAAGAAAUGGAGGUCACUUCUGAUCAAGGAUCCAAA